GUCGUCACACAGUAUGUACUGAAACCGGGGCGGCGGAAGUUGAGCUGUGUUGAGCAUGGCAUUGACGGAAGCCCUGGGCAGACGUCCUGCUAUUUGGCACAUAGCACGACUGAUGCUCGGGGCCGAAGUCUUUGCCUUGCAAUGCAUAGCGAAUACGGAAGCUGCCUUUCGUGUAUGAUCGCUGCUUAUGCAGUGGCAUGCUUAUGAAGCGUAAUACCGAUAUGACUCGGAUAUGACGUGUCUUUAAGACACUGAUCCGGGACUGGAAAAACUCUGAUCCGUAAAGAUUAGAAAAAAAAAAAAAAAAAAAAAAACGAAAGACAUGUCUGGAAGAGGUAAAGGCGGCAAAUCGAAGGCGAAGUCUAAGACCCGGUCGUCCCGCGCUGGGCUGCAAUUUCCAGUCGGCAGAGUACACCGACUGCUCCGCAAAGGAAACAACGCACAGCGUGUUGGAGCAGGGGCACCCGUGUACCUCGCUGCAGUUCUGGAAUAUUUGAGCGCUGAAGUUCUCGAGUUGGCAGGCAAUGCUGCCCGUGACAACAAGAGCAGGAUCAUUCCUCGCCAUCUGCAAUUGGCUAUUAGGAACGACGAAGAACUGAACAAGCUACUGGGCGGAGUCACAAUCGCCCAAGGUGGUGUGUUACCCAACAUCCAGGCCGUGCUUUUGCCAAAAAAGACGUCGAAGAGUUCUUAAGUCGGAUCGCCACAUUAAAUCACAUAAACGGCACUUUUCAGUGCCACCAACUCAAACACUGUCGAGUUUAAUGUUUUGUCACAGCCGAGUCGAACAUAUUAGGUUGGUUCGCGCAUCUAUCCAUCUGCCUUUGUAUGUGACGGUCGGCAGUUGGUUCGUGAACCGUAUGCGAUCUUAUCACUUUUAUAUUUCACGAUAGUAUUAUGUAGAGAAUUAUGAAAUUAACAGAAGAGUACACGUCCAUUCAAUUCUGCGAGUCGAUCAUUCAGGCUUUACAAGAAUUUGAAAGCCGGGUCGACAAAUUCUACUUGGAGGCGUAACAGCUCUCAUGUUCAUGUAUCGCAAAGCACGCAAACUCAAUGGAUAUUAUUUUGAAGUCUUAGAUAUUUGAUUGGUGGGCUGCCAAAAAUUAUUAUUCCAUCAGCAAACUUGAACCCAUUUCUGCUAUCGGGAUGGUCAAUAGUCGAGUUAUUUAUCUACUUUCCUUCCAAAACAUCAGAUCCUCAACGUGUUUUCGGCCCGAACCCCGUUUUCUAGGUGUAAAGGCCAAUAACGUGGCAAAUUGUACCUCGGCUUUUUGUUAAAACUCUUCGCCGAUGAUACAUAUAAAAAAAACUCAAUACCUUCUGAUGUACUUACUCAACUUUCCAGCAAAGAUAUACGUAAUUUCCAAAAUACCAGAGAAAGAAUGAAAUCCUACAAAUUACCGACAAAUCCAGAAAAUUCUCACACUAAUGAUAUUUAAUUAUCACCGUGAUAACAAAAGACAAUAUUCACCCACCAUCAAUUUAACAAUGAAUGGCCCCAAAUUGAAGAAGAUUUAUGACUUUGCAAAAUAUUUUGCGUUAUCGAUACUAAACUGGAAUGUGAUAACCGCCUUGAAUUACAUGUAUUUACUU